GUGACAUACUGCCCCACCAAAACAGAAAGUGCCUCUCAGAUUCUCUUCUCACAGUAUCACUUGUAACAAGAACUGAAGUAUCAUGGAAAAGGUUGAUGAAUCUUUUUUUCAAGAAACUGAUCACAGGCCAAAACAAAGCACAAUUGAAGCAGAAAAGAUACCCUUAAUUGAUCUCUCUCCAGUUCUAACCACUGACCCUUCAAACACUUCUUCAGCAAUUACAAAUCUUGUAUCAGAAAUUGGUGAUGCAUGCAAGAACUGGGGUUUCUUUCAAGUAAUCAACCAUGGAGUUCCAUCAACAUGUCGCGAAAAUAUAGAGAGAGCAUCAAGGGAAUUCUUCUUGCAGCCUACUGAGGAGAAGAGGAAAGUGAGCAGAGACGAAGAUAAUCCUAUGGGUUUUUAUGAUACAGAGCAUACUAAAAAUGUUAGGGAUUGGAAAGAAGUUUUUGAUUUUGUUGUCGAGAAUCCAACUAUUUUACCUGCUUCACAUGAACCUCAUGACACUAAACUUAAGGAGAUGACCAAUCAAUGGCCUAAUUUCCCUACUAAUUUCAGGGAGGCAUGUGAAGAAUAUGCUCGAGGUAUUGAGAAACUGUCCUACAAGUUGCUAGAACUUAUUGCUCUAAGCUUAGGCCUGUCAUCCAAAAGGCUCAAUAGCUACUUUAAAGACCAAACAAGUUUUAUGCGAUUAAAUUACUAUCCGCUAUGCCCAAUUCCGGAUUUGGCUUUGGGGGUUGGUCGGCACAAAGAUUCUCCCGCCCUGACCGUCCUUGCUCAAGAUGAUGUUGGGGGCCUCGAGGUGAAACGCAAAACAGAUGGCGAAUGGAUACAAGUUAAACCAACUCUAGAUGCUUAUAUUGUUAAUGUUGGUGACAUAAUUCAGGUUUGGAGCAAUGACAGAUAUGAAAGCGUGGAACAUAGGGUAGUAGCAAGCUCCAAGAAAGAGAGAUUUUCUAUUCCAUUUUUCUUCAGCCCAUCUCACUCUGUAAUGGUGGAGCCUCUGGAGGAACUGAUAAGUGAACAAAGUCCAGCAAAAUACAAGGCUUACAACUGGGGAAAAUUUAACACUACAAGAAACCUUAGUAAUUUCAAGAAACUUAAUGUUGAAAACAUUCAAAUAUAUCAUUUUAGAAUUGGUGACCUGUAAUGACAAAUGUAGUCUAUGAGAAGUCUUGUAAUAUUAAGCUGUCGUUCUCGGCUGGACAGAAAUAAAAUGGUAGUCUUUUUCUUCUA